UUAAUUUAUGCCGAAAAGGGGAAUGUCCAGGUGAAUUCUCAAUCGAUGAUUCAGGCAUUUUAUUUCCUUCUGUAGGGUCAACAUUACUCCGGUCGUACGCCUCUUUUUAUGACGCAAUCGUUGGAAAUGAUGAUGCAAAAGGGGGUGCCAUUAGAAUCAUCCAGAAGUUCGAGAAAAUUCACUGAUUUAAUGCAUUUUCCAUACGUUUCCACUUAUUUAAAAAAAUUGAUUGAUGUCAAUCGAUGUUUCAUAAGAUUUCCGGACAAAAUGAAAUAUUUAGAGUCAAAUAUAAAUAGUGAAAUGUCGAUAAUUUAAUGUGAUGAAAUAUAUAUCGUUGGACUCGAAAUAUUUUCCUAAUUCCCUACUCCACUCGGAGGGGUGCUGGCCUGGGAGAAAUGCGGUCAAUUUUCAAUCGUACUUCGGUUUCAGGGGAAGGGGAUAGACAUGUGCGUCAUGGCCACAUAUACAUAAUCACGGAAUUUGUUUUUCGAGAUCAUUCCCACGUUCACUGGAGAAAAACAUCGAAACAAUUUUGAAGUCACCGUUAUGUUGUGAUGAUCCAACAGAUUGAACUUGUGGCCCGAUUUGUGAAAGUGUUUUCGUCUAGAAAAUUUCAAUCGAAUUUUUUCAAAGGAUAAUUGGAAGGAAAUCGUCGGAAAGUUCGAGAAAUUUCAGUGACAGUAUCAUAAAAUUAUUGAUUUUAGGAGUUUAAAUUACAAUGAACAAUUGGAAACUUCCAGCUCUGAAGUGAGUCAGGAUUUACCGGGAAUAACGGAAUGAAAAAAUUGAAAAAAAAAUAUAACAAACCCUGGAUUUGGUUAGCAAGACCGACCAUUUCAAUUUCUGAUCCGAAUGAAAUCAAAUGGUAAAUGCAGUCGGUUUUCUAACAUCAAAUUUUUUUCAGACGAAGAAUAAAUAGACGAAAAAGGUGGGUUUCUUCAGUACUAUCUCACGGCGAUGUCUCGAGUGGAUUAUGCGCGAUACAACGAUUGACUAGUGCACCAGCGACUACAUGUUCGUAGGACAGGAAGUUUUUCAAAUGCUAUUCAAAUGUAUGAGAGGGUAAACCCUCUGGACUGAGAUGAAAUUCCUAUCAUACAUUCAUGACUCCUCGUUGAGAAUAUAUUUGCCUUUUACUCUAAAGAUUUUCCAGAGGGUAAAAUAAUGUUCGUUUCGUCGGUAAUUUCAUCACAGCAAUUUUGCAAUUUGCAAUUUGUCAAGAAAUGUGAAUUCGUAAAAGAAUGUGAUAAUGAAAAAAAAUCUGUGAGUGACAAUUUAUGGGGGGAUAUCGAAGAUAUACUAUUAGAACAUCUCAUAUAAAAUUCAAGGACAAUGUGCUAAAUUACAUCGGCUGAAUAAAAAUUUAAAGCUGCCGAGCGGCCAGACCUCGCCAGUUUAAAAUGAAUGAGAGAAAAAAAUCGUAGUCUGUGUCAAUGGCACGCGAAAAUUAGCAUUUGGAGAUGAGAUUACGUUGCUGAUGAACUGCCGAUAGAAUGAGUGAGAUAUAUCCUCGUAGAAAUAUUCAUUUGCACGGGGACAUAAGACCCAAGUGAAUAUCCACAGAUUGGAUUUUUUCCAAUUUUUUUAUCAGGUGGAAUUUUUUUAUUUUCUUAUUCAAUCGCUUUUUCAACCAUGUAACACGUAUCACGGGGAAUUUCGUAAGAUAUCGAAUUCCUCGCCCCAAAAAUCCCGCAGAGAUGUGCAGACCCCGAUUAUGAAAUUCCCACCGCGAUUCAGGUGAUUCCCAAAAUAGCAAAUUUUCGACAAUUAGAGAUGAACUUCAAUUCAUUAUGACGGAAAUUUCUGCAAGUCCCCGGGAUUGAAAAAAGCUCCUCACCACGUUGCAUUAUUAUUCCCGCGUGUCUCCACUCGACUGAAGUCUGAAGACCGAGUGGACUAGAUUGAAGUACCACGUGAAGCAUUACGCAAAGUGUACAAUAUGGGACUAGAAUAAUGCUGGGAUAUCUGCGUCAUUCAAGCUGAUCUCCAUAUAUUGUGAUCGAUUCAGAGAGUGCGUACAGCUAAUGGAUGAGCCUAACGAUUCCCCGGGAUAAAUCCUAGGAAGUGAGAAAGUGGGGCAGAGAAAUGGAAUUUUCCCAUUCACUUAGGAUUCAAAAUUUGAAAAUUCCGAAAAAAUACUCUUCAAAGCUCUUGAAAUGCAUGAGAGAUAUUUAUCGAUAAAGUCGACCUGGAUUUUACCGGGAUUAUCGCAUUUCCAUAUUUCGGAGUUGAAUUGUUCAUCAAUUGACGUCAAAAGUCCCCAAAAAUAUGAAUAUAAAAUUCUAUUUGAAAUCCAAACUCACGAGAGAAUUGUUUAGCUGGAAAAAAAAAUCAAAUGACAUAAAAAUGCACAUGAACAUGAUGUUACGUUCUUAGAUAAGCGAAAUAAAGCCGUCGAGAAUCGUUACACUAAAUUUUAAAAGUAGACCAGAUGCACAUGUAUCGAUCAAACAGCCGUCAGGCGUCUCCAUGAGGAUACGAUGAGGAGACAAUCGUCAUUGGAAUAAACAAAAGAGAUGAUCAGAAUUUCUGCAUUUUUUAUUCCCCGUCUUGGCUGUGGGAAUUGACAUUCUUACGUGGUGAAUUUUCUGCAGCUUCUACGCUUCUCUUAUCAUUUAAUCAUAGGAACGGAGAGUGUGAAGCAUGAUUAAUUAAAAUGGAUACUAAUGACGUAAUCGAAAUGACGGACUCGUCAGAUAAAUCGACCUGCGACAUGCGCUCUCAGAGAAGUAUUAAGGAUUUCAUCGACGAGGAGAAGUUGAAGAUUGAAUUUGAAAAAAAUCUCGCGCUUAAGAGACUCGAUGAAAAAUUUGAAAAAGUGAUUCGCGAGAUCGAGACAUCAUCGGGUUCGAGCGAUCCUGGGAGCAUUCACCUGCCUCUGACGAGACAAGAAAUCGUGGAAUCGAUUCAGAAGGGCGACGUUCAUGAUAUUCAAUUUUUGGAGAGAACCGCGAACAUCGAUGACCUGGAGCCGACUUCCGAUGUUGAGAAUUAUGGGUCUGAUCAUGAGGAACUCUCAGGCUGUAGGAUAACUGAAAUUUUUGAACCUCCUGCGUCGGAUUUCGACGAGAAAAUUGAGACAAAGACCUCAGAGACAGCAAAUCGACUGAAAGACUCUACACCCCAGGAUAAUUCACCAGAUGAUUUUGAAAAACUUUGCAAAGUCGUCGAUCAAAAGGAUCACGAUAGCGAGAAAAUUUCCGAUUGUCAAGUUGAAACAGAAGAUUCAUCCGUUGACAGUUCCGAUGAUUCACUGUCACUAUUUGAAGACGUCGUCCGACGAGUUCCUAUCCCCGGGAAAAUUUACGAUUUCGAUGAGAAGAAACAUGGAGUCAGAAUGACCCCGGAGUUCUUGAAGAAACAUUGCAAGGAAAAUAAACUGUACGAAACACCGUACCUGAAUGAUGUCCUUUACCUCCAUUAUAAAGGUUUCUCCUUCAUUGAAAAUCUGGAGCAAUACACGGGAUUGAAAUGCCUCUGGCUGGAGAACAAUGGAAUCAAGGAAAUAGCAAAUUUAGAAAAUCAAUUAGAAUUGAAAUGUCUUUAUCUGCAUCACAAUGUGAUCGAAGUUAUCGAGAAUUUGAAUCAUUUGGAGAAGCUGGACACGUUGAAUUUGUCCCACAAUAUCAUUAAAAAAAUCGAAAACCUCGAGGGCCUUAAGCUGCUAAAUACCCUGAAUUUAUCGCACAAUUACCUGCACCUCGUUGAGGAUAUAGAUCAUCUGCGACUCCUGGAGAAUUUAUCAAUUCUCGAUCUAUCGCAUAAUCGCCUGGAACCGGUGGAGAUACUCGAGGUUUUUGGAGCUAUGAAAUCACUGAGGGUACUGACAUUGACGGGUAAUCCAGUCAUAAAGACUAUGAGCAUGUACCGGAAGACGUUGAUACUCAACUGCAAAGAGCUGACGUACCUCGACGACCGCCCGGUGUUUCCGAAGGAUAGGGCCUGCGCUGAAGCUUGGGAGAGAGGAGGUCCUAAAGAGGAAAUGGCGGAACGAGACCGCUGGUUUGCCGAGGAGCAGAGGAAAAUAUCAGCUAGUGUAAUCGCCCUGAUGAAAAAGCCGAGACGAAUCGAACCUGAAAUCGAGGACAACCUCGAAAAUAUUGAGACCACCCCAUCGCCGCCAGAAGAUCAUCCCCCGAUCUCCAGAAUCUCCUCAAAUAUUUUCGCGUCUUCUUCCUCCGAAGACGACGGAGAUGACUCCAACAGAGAGACCGAUGAUCCCGUCAACUCCAGGAACCUGUCACCCCCGAGAAAAUUGAUCGAAGAGAUACUGCCGAUACCAAAGUCUUCGGAUUCCGAUGACAAUAAGGAAAACGAGGAGGGGAGUCAGGAAAAAAAAAUAUUCAGCGGUAAUACAGCGAGUGUUGAAGGCUCCACAAAUGUUUCAACUGCUAAUGUUCGAGAAAAUUCAUUGGGAGUAACUGGAGACAACGAAAAAAAUCCUGCAAACUCUCCAAAUAAAAAAUCGGUUAAUUAUGAAAUGAAAAAAAAUAUUCAAUUGUCCCUGGAAAUGCAACUAGCCCAGGGUAAAUAAAUCCAUGAACCCCGCAUU